AUGACCAUGGCUCCAAUAAAUCGCUUCCAGCAUCCUGUGCCACCGAAUUUUGCCGAUAUGGUGUUUGGAAACACGCGUAAUAAUGAUUCGAAUUCAAAGGAUCCGAUAUGUAACUUUUUAAUACCAGAAAAAACUAAAGAGUCUGAAAAAUAUAUUAAGGAAUUUUUAUCAACCGUGCGACCGGAACUUCUUAAAAAACGUGGUGUGAAAACACCUGUGUCUGUUAAAGAUUUAAUGCUGCAAACAACAAAAUUUGAACCUUUUAGAAUGGAUAUUGAUGAUAACAUUAAUAAUGAAUGUGAAAACAUGGAUUGGUCGAUCCGUAGUGGAACAGUAACAAGAGAGUGUAGUUUCGUAACCGUAUCAGAAAUCUCUGUGGACGAUCUAUCGUCAGUAUUUAGAAACAACAAAAAAAUUUGGAUGAAACUAUUACAAUUUGAAGAAAACUAUCGUCCUCCAUAUUACGGUACUUGGACAAAGUCGAGCAAAAUCAUUUCGGGCAGACGUCCAUUUGCCAAAGAUACUAGUAUCUUGGACUAUGAAUAUGAUAAGUAUGGAAUAUUAGAUGCCUACGAAAUUAUUGGUGAAGCUGAUGAGUCUGCGUCGAUUGCUUCUUCUGAAUCAUCACCUUUUAAAAAAAAGAGAGGAAGCUACAAAGAGUAUAAUCAGACCAGAAUAAUUGAACCACUACGUCCGUUAGUUAUUGGGCCCAUAUUUGAGGAAAACCCUUGUGAUGGUAAUAAUCAAUUGGCUGAAUAUAGUACUAAAUUUCUAAAUGCGGAUAUUCUAUUACCCUAUAAUCCUUUUGCUAUUCCGAUAGCUAAUAAACGCAAGGCAAAAGGUUCGAGCAUUGAAGAUACGAUCACUUGCGAUAAAGAACAAGCAUCUAAUAAAUCUCGGAGUAAGGGAAAGUCUAGUCAAAAGAACAAAGACCAAACUAAAAAUAACGAGGUGAAGCCAACUGCAAAUGCUGCUAAUGAUAAUGUGAUGGUAACAUCUAAUUGCACUAGUUGA